ACGGGUUGAAAUGUGUUUCACUCUGUCUCUUCCCCUAAAAACAACACCAGGAUAAGGAGGAAGUACCGUCUGUGUUCUUUCACUUUACUGUUGGCCGAGAAACGACAGAGAAACAGAUACAGAAGUUAAAGAGAAAAAGAUGGGAGGAAUGAUGGCUAGAGGUCAUCGCUCUGGGGCUGAAUUUGUGAAUGAAUACAGGGAAAUGCUUAUUCAGACAGUUUCCUCAGUGAUGGAAAUUGCAGACCAUCUACAAAGUAAAAAAAUGAUCCCUGCUGAAAUGUACAGCAACAUUCAAACGGCAAAAACAUCUCAGGAGCAAAUGAGGAACUUGUACAGAGCUCUAGACUCAGGAGGAACAGCUGUGAAAGAAGAAUUCUAUGAAAUCCUUAAAAAGACACAGCCUUUCUUAGUGGAUGAUUUGGAGGCUGCACACAGAACAAGCAGUGAACGAAAAAGAAACCGUGACCAAUACAUGGAGAGGAGAAUCAGGCACAACCUGCUCUGGGCUUUGUACCACCUGGAUGAAGAUGAUCUGAAGAAAUUCAAGAACAAUCUAUGCGAUCGUAAGAUGGAGCCUCGCCUGCGCCGCCACAGUAUGGAGAAGGUGAGGGACAGAGAGGACCUGGCAGACCUUCUCAUUAACACCUUCACCACGAGGAACGCUGUUCAAGUGACGAUGGAGAUCUUAAGGAUGAUCGGCUGCAAUCGAAUCGCAGAGAAGCUGAAACGGGUCACUGAGAGGAGUGUUUUUACUUUUUUUGUGGAUGAAAACAGAGAAAUUCUCAUUCAGAGAGUUUCCUCAGUGAUGGAAAUUGCAGACCAGUUAAAGUGGAAAGGCAUGAUCACUGAUGAAACGUACAGCCACAUAAAAACUGGAAAAACAUCUCAGGAGCAAAUGAGGAUCUUGUACAGAGCUCUAGACUCAGGAGGAACAGCUGUGAAAGAAGAAUUCUUUAAAAUCCUUCAAAUGACAGAGCCGUCCUUAGUGGAGGAACUUUCUGGACACAGUUAUAUUUUCAGCAGUUACAUUCCAACAUUAACGCAGCUGGACAUUAAAGAUCUGUCCUUGACGGAUGCAGGAAUAUUCAAUCCUAAAAUCGUUGAAAAAAGUCAUGGAGACAAGAUCACAACCUCAUACAGGUUUUUGUGCCCUCAUGCUGGUCACUUUCAGUGCAAAGUGACUGGUCUUGUGUUUGUGAUGGAGGGUGAAGGGGAGGUACUGUACAAAAUAGAGCCCUGGGAUACCCAGCAGUUAGAUGGUUUAGGCCAGAUGAAGCCUGCAGGACCUCUAUACAAUAUUGAGUGCUUCAAAGGUCCAAUCAGUCAUCUGCACUUCCCACACUGUGAGAUACUUGAUGAUACUGAAGAGAAUAAGGUCAAGCAGGCUGUGGCACAUUUCACUGAUGAUAAUAUAGAAAUCAUUACACCCCUGAAAGUAACAUCCACACAUGUGAUCAUACACAUCCAAGGUCUCUCUCUCCUUGGAGUCUUAAAAGAUCUACAAGAUCUACUAUUCAGGCCUUGUCCCAUCAAUGCCCAAGUAUUAUUCUUCUACAAAACACUGGCUGUCACGCAAAGUGUAAAUAUACUAUACAUCCACCUGUUGCCAGGAAACAUACCAACUGAAGAGGUGAUAAAAAAACGUAAGCCCAGCAAAUACAUUCAGACCACCUCCAAAUGCCAGUUGAUCCCUGGAAGAAAAUACAAACCAUCCUGUCACCCUCAUGAAUACCAACCAACGGUUGAGACAUUUGAGAGUGACUUAGACCUCAAGUCUCUCAACUUUCAUCCCACAUUUGAGGUGUUCCUUGACUGCGACACAGAGAAUGUCAGAAUAGGUCUUUUGGAUGAAUAUGGUCGGGAGGUGUGGGAGCCCCGACGUGUCUUUCUUGCAGCAGAUAACAGUACAGAGGCAACCUCACCUGAAGUGGCUGCGGCAGCUGUUAAAUUUGUGGAUGAACACAGGACAACGCUCAUUCAGAGAGUCUCCUGUGUGAUGGAGAUAGUGGACCAUUUGGAAAGCAAGAAAAUGAUUAGCAAGGAAACGUACAAUGAGAUCAGAGGAGAAAAAACAUCUCAGGAGCAAAUGAGGAUCUUGUAUGAUGGUCUCCAUUCAGGAGGAACAGCUGUGAAAGAAGAAUUCUAUGAAAUCCUUAAAAGGAAGCUGCCUUUCUUAGUGGAUGAACUGGAAGCUGGACCCAGCAAAAGCAGUGAACGAAAAAGAAAGAUUGAACAAUACGUGGAGAGGAGAAUCAGGCACAACCUGCUCUGGGCUUUGUACCACCUGGAUGAAGAUGAUCUGAAGAAAUUCAAGAACAAACUAUGUGAUAUUUUUGAGAUGGAGCCUCGCCUGCGCCUCCACAACAUGGAGAAGGUGAGGGACAUCAGGGACCUGGCAGACCUUCUCAUUAACACCUUCACCACGAGGAACGCUGUUCAAGUGACGAUGGAGAUCUUAAGGACGAUCGGCUGCAAUCGAAUUACAGAGGAGCUGAAACGGGUCACUGAGAGGAGUUUUUUUAGUUUUUUUGUGGAUGAAAACAGAGAAAAUCUCAUGAAUAGAGUUUCCUCAGUGAUGGAAAUUGCAGACCGGUUAAAGUGGAAAGGCAUGAUCACUGAUGAAACGUACAGCCGCAUAAAAACUGCAAAAACAUUUCGGGAGCAAAUUAGGAUCUUGUACAGAGCUCUAGACUCAGGAGUAACAGCUGUGAAAAAAGAAUUCUAUGAAAUCCUUCAAAAGAAGCAGCCGGACUUUAAAGAUCUGUUCUUGACGGUUGCAAAAAUAUUCAAUCCUAAAAUGGUUGAAAAAAGUCAAGGAGACAAGAUCACAACCUCGUACAGGUUUUUGUGCCCUCAUGCUGGUCACUUUCAGUGCAAAGUGACUAAUCUUGUGUUUGUGAUGGAGGGUAAAGGGAAGGUGCUAUAUAGAAUAGACUCCUGGGAUACCCAACAGUUAGGCCAGAUGACACCUGCAGGUCCUCUGUACAACAUUGAGUGCUUCAAAGGUCCAAUCAGUCAUCUGCACCUCCCACACUGUGAGAUACUUGAUGAUACUGAAGAGAAUAAGGUCAAGCAGGCUGUGGCACAUUUCACUGAUGAUAAUAUAGAGAUCAUUACACCCCUGCAAGUGACAUCCACACAUGUGAUCAUACACAUCCAAGGUCUCUCACCCCUUGGAAUCAUAAGAGAUCUACUAUUCAAGCCUUGUCCCAUCAAUGCCCAAGUAUUAUUCUUCUACAAAACACUGGCUGUCAGGCAAAGGUGGAAUAUACUAUACAUCCACCUGCUGCCAGGAAACAUACCAAUUGAAGAGGUGAUGAAAAAGCAUCAGUGCCACAAAUACAUUCAGACCACCUCUAAAUGCCAGUUAACCCCUGGAAGAAAAUACAAACCAUCCUGUCACCCUCAUGAAUACCAACCAGAGGUUGAGACAUUUGAACGUGACUUUUGCCUCAACUUUCACCCCACAUUUGAGGUGUUCCUUGACUGCAACACUGAGGAUGUCACAAUAGGUCUUUCGGAUGAAGAUGGUCAGGCGGUGUGGAAACCCCGACGUGUCUUUCUUACAGCAGAUAACAGUACAGAGGCAACCUCACCUGAAGUGGAUCCGGCAGCUGUUAAAUUUGUGGAUGAACACAGAACAACGCUCAUUCAGAGAGUCUCCUGUGUGAUGGAGAUAGUGGACCAUUUAUUAAGCAAGGAAAUGAUUGGUGAGGAAAUGUACAAUGAGAUCAGAAGAGAAAAAACAUCCCAGGAGCAAAUGAGGAUCUUGUAUGAUGGUCUCCACUCAGGUGGAGCAGCUGUGAAAGUAGAAUUCUACAAAAUCCUUAAGAAGAAGCAGCCUUACUUAAUGAAUGAACUGGAAGCUGGACCCAGCAGGACUUAGUGAACCAACCACACACUGUAUCACAAGAUCCACCUGAGAUAUAGUUUUUAGUAAACCAGGCUACAAAUUGAGUUCUGCAAGCAGCUAAAUUGCUGUUUCCCCUCAGUGAUAAACGAUGCUGCUUAUGUGAUCGGAGACAAAAAAUCUGUUUAGAAUUUGAAAUGUGUGCUGAAACGUUCCAGUUAACAAUGUUCUUGAAUGGUGUACAUGUUCAGGAAAGAACCAAUAUUAUCAUCAUUAUUACUAUGUGAUCUUAUUGUGGCAUUAGUCAUUAUUAGUCAUGCCUUUGGUUUAUUUACUUUGUGCCAAAUAAAAAGUGGGUUUAUGUUUAAUUUGGGUUUUUAAUUAAAAGGGACUCUUAUAACCAUUUUGGAGGAAGA